CAAUUUCAAACAAUUGUGGCAAGUUAGUAAAUCUCCUUUUGUGGAUAAGGCUUCCGCUUGGAUAUGGAGCAGAAGCUCUCUUCAGUAGCGAAAAGGCUAACAUCGUCACCCAUACAGCAACUCUCGUAUCUCGCCGAAAGAUGUAAUGCCAUCAACCUUGCUGAAGGUUUCCCUGAUUUCCCUGCUCCUUCCUACCUCAAAGACGCUGCCAUUUCCGCUAUCCGCUCCGACUUCAAUCAGUACAGGCAUGUUCAGGGAAUAUGUGAUUACGUGGCUAAUCAAGUCAAACAAAUGCAUGGCCUAGAUGUCGAUCCUCUCACUGAUAUUGUCGUAUGUUGUGGCCAAUCUGAGGCUUUUGCUGCGGCAAUGUUUGCAAUAAUUAAUCAGGGUGAUGAAGUCAUCUUAUUCGAUCCGUCCUAUGAAACAUAUGAAACAUGCAUUAGGUUGGCUGGUGGAGUCCCAGUGUAUGUAGCCCUUGACCCCCCUCAUUGGAGUCUGGAUCCAGAUAAACUCGCAAAGUCAUUUACUGGCAGGACAAAAGCUAUAGUCCUCAACAGCCCUCACAAUCCAACUGGAAAGGUUUUCUCUAAAGAUGAGCUUGAGAUUAUUGCUGGAGCUUGCCGAACCUUGGAUAUUCUAGCUGUAACAGACGAGGUAUAUGAGCAUAUAACCUUCGACGGGGAGAGACAUACAUCAAUUGCCACAUUUCCAGGAAUGCAGAAGCGGACCAUCAUCACAUCUUCCUUGUCAAAAAGUUUUAGUGUGACUGGUUGGAGGAUUGGCUGGGCGAUUGGCCCGGCUUGCUUCGCAUCUGCAAUGAGGAACAUCCAUGUUAAAAUUACAGAUUCUGCUCCAGCACCUUUCCAGGAAGCUGCCUUGACAGCUUUGAGAAGUUCCCCGGAAUACUUUGAUGCAUUGAGACAAGACUAUGAAUCAAAAAGAGAUUACUUGACUCAGGUGCUUACAAAAAUUGGUUUCCAGGUGCCCUUCAUGCCUAAGGGUUCCUUUUUCCUAUUCAUGGAGCUUCCUGGGACAUGCACUCUUUCUGAUGUUGAAUUUGUGGAGGAAUUGAUUAAACAAGCUGGGGUGGUGGCUGUACCAGGCCGUGUAUUCUUCCACACCAAUUCGUCAUCGUUAGAGGACUUUUCUUCGACUGCUAUUAGUUACCACAGGAGGUAUAUCAGAUUUGCGUUCUGCAAAAGUGAGGAGACAUUAGCUGCUGCUUCACAAAAGUUAACCGAGCUCGUAGAUGGUUCAGGGAGACUGGAGCUAUUUUAGAUUGGAUUGCUUUUUGUUUGCCUUUCCAAUCCACGUCCAUGAGAAGUGGAAGCUUUAAUCUGUUUGUUCUUUGCUGUAUGAAGAGAACGAGAGAAACUCCCACGCCAUCAGCCCUAUUGCUAUUGAAGUGAAUAGGGUUUUGUAAUGUUAUUUGAAAGAUAGACUCGUGAAAAUAAGUUAGAAGGAUAACAGGUAGUAAUUCAUUUUCUCGAUUUGUAGCUUUUACCAAAUGAACGAAAGUUAACUCGGGAAAACAACUGAUAAAAGGAGGUUGAAUAUUUA